AUGUCCCGUCUCCUAGAACUAGGCUCCAAACUCCUCCAUCCCCGCCAAGAAUUCCGCCCAAAAAUCGUCGACACCGAAAAACGAGUCCGUGGCGUCCUAGACGGACACUACAUCUUCGACACCACACGCUCAAAACUAGUCUGGGAGAUUCCUUAUUUCCCACAAUUUUGGAUCCCAAAAGACGACUUCUUACCCGCAGCGAACUUUAAGGAAGACGCGCCAAUAUCAGGCAUUCAGAGCUCGACGAGUAAACUUACUGCUGGAGGCAAAACUAUCAGUAGCCUUCUGAUACCGCUGGGUUAUAAUACGGAGUUGGCGGGGUAUGUCAAGGUAGAAUUCAAGGAUUUGGAUGCGUGGUAUGAGGAGAUGGUGCAGGUGUUUUAUCAUCCUAAGGAUCCGUUUCAUAGGGUUGAUGUAUUGCCUAGUGGACGGCAGGUUAAGGUUGAGCUGGCAGGGAAAACGCUGGCCGAUACUAGAGGCGAGGGUGGUGUACUUAGUUUAUGGGAGACGAACUUUCCUGGACGAUGGUAUUUACCGCCUACGGCUGUGAAUUGGGAGUACUUGAAGCCGAGCCAGACGAAAACGGGGUGUCCUUAUAAGGGUGAAGCAAAUUACUAUAAUGCUGUCAUUGAUGGGAAGGAGCACAAGGAUGUGGUCUGGUACUAUCAGAAUCCAACGUCGGAAAGUGCUGCGAUAAGAGGCUUGCUGUGCUUCUACCCUGACAAGGUCGACACCUAUGUAGACGGCAAGCCUAUAGCCAAGAUUGGUAUGCCGCCUAUGAGCAAAGCGGAUAAAGAGAGCGUACAGCAGCCUCACAGUGGCUGCAAUUGCUAG